AUGGAUGCAGGCUUCAGCCGUUUCAGCCCUCGGCCGACUGACCAGAACAGCCUGAGCCCAGGGAGCCGACACCGCUGGGAAAACGUCUGUGCCAGGACCCCCCGCGGCAACCCACAGCCCCCGCUGCUCGCUGGCAUCCGCUUUGCUGCCAGCCACAGUUCAACGGGAGACAGGAUGAUCUGGUUCUGUGGGGACCAUCGGAAGCUUAAAGCCAUCGCGGUGUCCGAUGCCGACCCCAUGCCCAGGCCUGGGGAGAGUCUAGACACGCUGAGGGGGAUGGAGAACCUGGCCCUGGCAGACACUGGUGACAUGGGCAUCUCUAGCCAGACCGGGGAGGAACAGGUGUCCCAGGUGAAGAGGGGGCUGGGCUGCCCCAAGGAGGUGGGACUGACGGUCGGGACUCGGGUCCAGCUGGGCUGGCGGCUGCCGGACGUGCAGCGGGCUGAGAUCAUGGAUAAAAACACGUUAACGAGCCCCCCGGGCGGGGGAGAGUCAGAGCCGGUGGACGUGCUGAAGGCACUGCAGUUCCAGGCCCAGCCGGCCGGCGUGCGGAAGGCGACGGGGUUCUGCCCCGCCAGGCAGGCAGGGACGGGGCCGGACGUGGCCUACAGGAUAUCACGGCAGGCGCAGAUCAGCGCCCCCACAAGGCAGCUCUUCCCAGGGAAGUUCCCGGAGGAUUUCUCCAUCAUGGCCCUGGUGAAGGCCAAGGCCGGGACCCAGGCGUUCCUGCUCUCCAUGUACGACCAGCACGGCACCCAGCAGCUGGGCGUGGAGCUGGGGCGCUCGCCCGUCUUCCUCUACCAGGACCAGAACGGCCGGCCCGCCCCCGAGGACUACCCGCUCUUCCGGGGCAUCAACCUCGCUGACGGCAAGUGGCACCGGUUGGCACUGAGUGUGCGCAAGCAGUCGGUGACGCUGAUCCUGGACUGUAAGAAGAAGGUGACGCGGCCGCUGCCCCGGGGCCCCCGCCCGGUGAUCGACACCCGCGGCAUCACUGUCUUUGGCACCCGCAUCCUCGACGAGGAGGUCUUCCAGGGUGACAUCCAGCAGCUGCUCAUCGCCCCGAACCCGCAGGCAGCCUAUGACUACUGUGAGCACUACAGCCCCGACUGCCACGCUCAGCCCCAUGCGCCCCAGGCACAGGAGGCGCAGCAGAGACCUGCCAGGCCCGAGUACUUUGAUGAGGAGAUGGAGUACUCUGAGUACCCCCACUCUUACGGGAAUAAAGAGGAUGGGAACUCACCUCUCCCCACACUUUCGGGGGGCGAAGUGGAGCAGGUAACCUGGGGGGGGCAGGUUCUGCUCCCCCCCACCCAUGUCCGUCUGUCUGCCCCAGCUCCUGUUGUGUCUGUGUCUCAUCCUCUCAUGGCAGUGUCGUCCAUCCGUCCAUCCAUCCAUCCAUCCAUCCAUCCAUCACUGCUUCAUGGCACCCCCUGA